UUACAAUAGCAACAGUCCAGAUACCUGUUCAGCCACUCUCAAACCUCAAUCAUCUCCAAUGGCGACCUCUUCCCUCCGAUUUGCAUUCUCCCCUCUUAUUCAUGGCCGUAGCUCCUCUAAAAUUUUAUUCUCAGUCCCUAAUCAUAAAACCACAUCCAUCAAAAUCCUCUGUUUCUCCUCCUCCUCCUCCUCUGCAUCUUCUCCUUUAACCACCACUCUCGAUACCCUAGCUCCUCCACCAUCGAAUCAUUCCGUCGACAGAAACACUUCUUCUAAUAAAUGGGAGCCUUUCCGGAAGAAGAAGGUCGUCAUGCGUAUCGGCUACGUCGGCACCGAUUACAGAGGAUUGCAGAUGCAGAAAGAUGACUCCAUAUCCACUAUAGAGAAAGAGCUGGAAACCGCCAUUUACAAAGCAGGUGGAAUUCGUGAUAGUAACUUUGGGGAUUUGCAAAAGAUAGCAUGGGCUAGAAGUAGUCGAACUGAUAAAGGAGUUCAUUCUUUAUCGACAAUGAUAUCACUUAAAAUGGAAAUCCCUGAAUUCGCCUGGACUUGUGACCCCAAUGGAAUAGUACUUGCAAAUCUUGUUAAUGCACAUCUUCCUAAAAAUAUCAGAGUUUUUAGCAUUCUACCUUCACAGAGGAGUUUUGAUGCUAGAAGGGAAUGUAAUAUCCGGAAAUAUUCUUACCUCCUUCCUGUUGAAGUCAUUGGGAUUACCAGUAACUUCAGUGCAUCUGAAAUUGAACAUCACUUAUCAGACUUCAAUGAUAUACUUAAUUCUUUUGAGGGACAACAUCCUUUCCAUAACUAUACAAUCCGAUCCAAGUAUAGGAAGAAGUAUUCAGCAAAACGAUCUCCUGAAAGUGGGCGUAUUGCCAAUAGAAGAGCGAAAUUGUCAACUGAGCCACCCGAUGCCAUGGCUGAUGACAGUGAUGGGGAAGAAUCAUUGGGAUAUGGUGAUGGAGAAGAAGCUCUUGGGACAGGUGAAAUGUUCGAUGACGAACAAAUGUCAUUAAGACACAUUGAUUCUGAUACGGAACUGGUUGAUGAAUCUGAUGCAAAUGGGAAUAGUUUGAAGGAUCUACCAAUCCUUGCUAAAUGGCUACACGAACCUGAUGAGAAAGACAGGUUAAGCGGUUCCCAUUUUCGAAGAAUCUUCCAAUGUUCGUGUGGAAAGAUGGAGCAGUUGUUUGGAGCGCGCUAUGUUGAGAUCUCCAUUUGUGGAGAGUCAUUCAUGCUGCAUCAAGUCAGUAACCUCUGUUCAUAUAUGUAUGAGUUUGCUCGAUAUUUUCAGUGUUUUCAGAAUAUACAUGCAUGUUGUGUUUACAGUUUCUAGAGCAUGCUAAACUUUUUCAGUACAAGUUUUAUGUUUUGAGUCUUUCGCUGCGAUGUUUGUACA